AUGUGUUCUGUUCUUGCCAGUCUGCGAACAGUGAGGGGUAACGUUGCAGCUUUAACCCACGUGCAAGAUAGAAGCAACAAGAGACUGUCAGGCACUAACCCUCAGUCUGCCUGUAAAGCAAGCCUGUCCGAUGAAGCAUAUCAGAAACUCGCUGUCGAGACCCUUGAAGAGCUGGAUUGGUGUUUGGACCAGCUGGAGACCCUGCAAACACGGCACUCUGUCAGCGAAAUGGCCUCCAAUAAGUUUAAAAGAAUGCUCAACAGGGAACUUACUCAGCUGUCGGAGACCAGCCGGUCAGGAAACCAAGUGUCAGAGUUCAUAGCAAGCACAAUUUUACAAAAACAGCAUGACGUGGAGAUUUUGUCAGCAGCGUGUAAGGAGGAGAAAAAACGCCGUCCGAUGUCUCAGAUAAGUGGAGUGAGAAAACUGAGCCCCAGUCCGAGUCUCCCUCCAACAUGCACCCCUCGAUUUGGUGUCAACACACAACAUGAGAGCCUCCUGGCCGAGGAGCUUGAGGACAUCAAUCGAUGGGGUAUAGAUAUUUUUAAGAUAGCAGAGUUUUCUGGGAAUCGGCCACUGACAGUCAUAAUGUACACCAUUUUUCAGGAGCGAGAUUUGCUCAAGACCUUUAAGAUUCCAUCGGACACCUUCUUAACUUUCCUCAUGACUUUGGAGGAUCACUACCAUGUGGACAUGGCCUACCAUAACAAUACCCACGCAGCAGAUGUUGUGCAGUCCACACACGUUCUUCUCUCCACACCUGCCCUAGAGGAUGUGUUCACAGACCUUGAGAUCAUGGCUGCUCUGUUUGCGAGUGCUAUUCAUGAUGUUGACCAUCCAGGAUUGUCUAACCAGUUCCUCAUUAACACAAACUCUGAGCUCGCUCUCAUGUACAAUGACGCCUCUGUGUUGGAGAACCAUCACUUGGCUGUGGGCUUCAAGCUUCUCCAGGAGGAGAACUGUGAUAUCUUCUGCAAUCUCAGCAAGAAACAACGACAGUCCCUACGACAGAUGACCAUAGAUAUGGUAUUAGCCACUGAUAUGUCCAAACACAUGAAUUUCCUGGCUGACCUGAAGACAUUGGUGGAAACUAAAAAAGUGACCAGUCUGGGAGUCUUGCUGUUGGACAACUACUCCGACCGAAUACAGGUGCUUCAGAAUAUGGUUCACUGCGCAGACCUCAGCAACCCCACAAAACCUCUGGAGCUCUACAGACAGUGGACAGAUCGCAUCAUGGUGGAGCUCUUCAGACAGGGGGACCGUGAGCGUGACAAGGGCAUAGACAUAAGCCCCAUGUGCGACAAACACACAGCUUCUGUGGAAAAAUCUCAGGUGGGAUUCAUCGAUUACAUUGUCCAUCCUCUAUGGGAGACAUGGGCUGAUCUGGUCCAUCCCGAUGCUCAGGACAUUCUAGAUACAUUGGAGGACAAUCGCGAAUGGUACCAGAGCAUGAUCCCACGCAGCCCGUCGCCCACCCCUAAAGAGCAGGACUCACGGGCCACACUGGGCAUCGCAGGCUCGGCCGGGGAAAAGUUCCAGUUUGAGCUGACUCUGGAGGAAGAGGACGGAGAGCUAGAGGCUGAAGAAGAGCACACAGAUAAAGACCGAUCAAGCACUAUGAUGGACCCCAGGCAUGCGCAGACGUCCCCUCGCGGAGUUGCUCCUGUUUUAGACAGCAGAGAAAGAGAACUGGACCAAGAAGCGACCAGCGUAUCCAUCCUGCAGUUGGAAACUUAACAAGGCCCAGUACUAACAGUGCUGUGUUUCUUAGUUGCACUUAGAAAUAUUUUGGGGUUGAGUAGAACAACCAUAAACUAAAAAGACAUUGGUUUACCUGACCAAAUAGGCCUGUAUUUUAAAGCUAUAUUGUGUCCCAGACACAAAGUUUUGCAUAAGGACUAAGGGCCGAAGGUGUAGAUGAAUGUUUUCGUAGUCUCAUGUGAGAGUCGCAUAGAGAAACAUGAGUCUUCCCUUGAGUGACUGUCCAUGCCAACUGCAGAGGAAAGCUAGAUUUACUCAUUAUGUGAACUUUUUCACUCGACUCUAGGAUAUUUAUUAUCUUGAACCUUUUUAAUAAUGGAUAACUUAAUGCUUUUUUUGCCACUGAGAAAUAACUUAGUCGAAUGAAACGGUACAGUUGCGAGAAAUAUUAAGGCAAGACACCACAA